GAUCGAAGCGCGCCAUUCGCUCGCAGACAAAUUCAACUCACGUCAUGGACACAAAAGAUAUCCACCGCAACAUGGCCUCCUUGGCUAUGGAGCCUGCAAUUCCCUUCUUCAGCGACCGACUUACAGAAUCCGAGACGACUGAGGAGUUAAAGAACAUUCACAGACUGGUCAAAGAGGGUAUCGUGAAGAAAGACUCUCCGAUCUACCUAGCGGCUAUGAAGAAGCAUCAAAACAAGUGGCGAGGCAUCGUCGAUGGACAGAAGCACGUUGUGGAAGAGAAAAUGCUGGCCGAGCGCAAUGACUCUGUUCGUUACGCGGUCAAAUACGGCGAUAAAGUUCCUUCCCACAUGGCAGCUCUCAUGACCGUCUCUGCUCCUGCUGGUGGCGCCCAAGCCGACGAGACUCUUGCAAAAAUCGAGGAGAUCGAGAAGCGGGACGAAGCAAAGAGGCAUUUGGACGCAAUGUAUAGGGUAUCAAUGGCUAAGUCGGCCUAUGAGGUUCAACAUGGACCAAAUUGCUAUUGCAUGGAGUGGAAGCCUGCUUACACCGCCGUUUGGGCGGGUCAGUGGAAGUAGAAUGUCUAGCCUUUAAUGAGUGGAUCCGACCAGAAUAAUCGUCCAGGAACUGUGGGAC